AUGAAAGGCUUCUACGAGCAGAGGUCUUGUACGGAUACAUCGCCGACUUGGGAACUCUCUGAGCAGGGCAGUUUGGAGCAGGUUCCAAACCUGAAGGCCAAAUGGAUUUUGGACGAGGAGACCGUGCUCACGUGCUGCCACUACGCGGGCAACGAGGCUGCAGAGAGCUGGGUGGAUGCAACUCGACUGUCAGAGCGAUUUGGCUCAGAGACGCUCGAGUGCAUGGGCGGAUUAGGUGUGCUGCUGGAGUUUAUCGGCCUCAUUUGUGCUGAUGCUGGAGCACCAAGCUAUGCUUCCCUUCUGCCGUUCGGGCUGCCAGAGGUGCGUGAUUUUCAUGUCGAGUGCCGAAUGCUCGGUGGGAGCCUGAUCAGGCCAUAG